CGGAAGUAAACAUCCCCAUGUCAUGUGCCUGUGUUUUUUAACAGACCGAUAAAGACAUCUUUCCGACAUGGGACUCGGAAACAUACUUGUCCUGUCUCAAGUGACAGCAUAUUUUGUGUCCUUCAUAGUGUCUUUUAUGCUAUUUAUACCCGUUGCUGUUAAUGUAAACGAAUUUGGUGGAAAUUGUCUUCUUUAUGCCGAAGGAAAAUGGGUGAGCGAAGCCAACUCCUCUGUGAUGGAACUCGAGAGUGUCGUAUGGGGUCCUUCCAGUGCUUGUGGCUUCAACAUCUUCAUGGGUGUCAUACUCAUGUUAAUAUCAAUGUUCUAUGUCGUCUGGGAAUCUGCGUAUCUGAUUAAAGACACCGACAGUUCAUGGUUGGAUGCUUUCGUGACUGCGAUCCUGUCAAUGGUGAUUUGCCUGAUGCUGUUUGCUUCCUCCCUGACACUCAGUGUGGGAUUCAAUUCAUGGUGCACAUUACUGACAACUCCGCCAUCAGAAAUUCUCGAAUGUGAGUUCGGAGAUUAUAUCCAGUUUACAGACAAAGUAUCUAACCUAGAAACUAGAAACUUUUACACAGAAAUGACUUUGGCACAGUUUGCUGGUUGGAUGCUAUGGCUAUGCUGGCUGUUAUUGACAAUUUUCGCUUUCUUGAAAGUGUUCCGUUAUCAUCAGCAAGAAACCUUUACGAAAAGCAUGAAUCGGGAGAGACAACGCCUACUUCAGAGUGUGGGACAUCAGACACCGGUGGUAUUGUAGGCAUCACUGAAACGUUUCCUAAAGGUGACGGAAAAGAAUAUUAUAUUAUAUUGUAUUAUUGAUGUCACCAACACAUUCACACGAGCAUGAAUGUGAUUAGAGACGAUUUUUACUACAGAUAUUGAAACAUCUGUAUUGUAGACACCAGUCAUAUCCCCAAAAUACGAUAUUAGAGCCUCAAUCAGGAGAAGCAACAUUUACUACAGAAGGUGAAAUAUCAGAUACACAUCCUGAGAAGUUGUCAUUAUAGAAAUGUUUCUAAUGAGAGUAGCACAUACAACUCUGGUGGUAUUGUUUACGUCACUGUAACGGUUACUUAAGAGGGUGGGUGAUUAGUGUGUUUGUUGUAGGUAUUGCUGAAACAUUUCCUUCAGAGGGUCAGGCAUAAGUUGUCGUUUCAAGACGUCACCGAAACAUUUCCUUCAGAAGGUGGGACAUAAGUUGUUGGUUGUAAACGUCACUGAACGUUUCCUUCAGAGGGUGGGACAUAAGUUGUUGGUUGUAAAUGUCACUGAACAUUUCCUUCAGAGGGUGGGCCAUAAGUUGUUGGUUGUAAAUGUCACUGAACAUUUCCUUCAGGGGGGGGGGCAUAAGUUGUUGGUUGUAAACGUCACCGAAACAUUUCCUUCAGAGGGCGGGACAUAAGUUGUUGGUUGUAAAUGUCACUGAACAUUUCCUUCAGGGGGGGGGGCAUAAGUUGUUGGUUGUAAACGUCACCGAAACAUUUCCUUCAGAGGGUGGGACAUAAGUUGUUGGUUGUAAAUGUCACCGAAACAUUUCCUUCAGAGGGUCAGACAUAAGUUGUAGGUUGUAGACGGCACUAAACUUACAGCAGAGGAUUUGGCGUUAAUUUUCGGUCGUAGGUAUCUCCGAAACAUUUCCUACAGAGGUUGGGACAAAGCUGUCGGUUGAAGAUAUCGCUGAAACAUUUCCUUCAGAGGGUGGGACUUUAGUUGUCAGUUGUAGACGUCACUGAAAUUAUUACAGAGGAUGGGUCACCAGUUGUCGCUGAAACAUUUCCUUCAGAGGGUGGGACAUCAGAAGUUGGUUGUACAUUUUGCUGAAUUUUUUACUUCAGAGGGUUUGACUUAAGUUGUCAGUUGAAAGCAUUACUGGUAUGUUUGCUUCAUUGGUUAGGACAUUGUAGUUGUUGGUCUGAGGUGUCACUGAAACGGAGGGUGGGACAUCAGAAUUAGUUGUAUUGUGUUCUUUGUUUAAACUGAUCUAUGUAGCUUUUGAGAGUACUGAAAUUACUUAACCAUUUGCAAGAAGAAGAAAUUUGCUAAUCACCAUCACAUGUAAAUUUUUGUAAGGAUUUUUUAAAUUUUUGUCCCCCCCUAUACAAUUGAUAUACAUAGAUCUAAAUACAAGUAUAUUCUACAUAUUAAGUGCAUUCAUUACAAAAUAAGCCAUCUGUUUUUUUUUUGUACAAAUAACAUGAAAAACAUUCACAUUCUUCCAACAUGUAAAACAUAGAAAGAAAAUGUAUCAUUCCUAUACAUAAAUGCUAUGAUGAUAUUCAGUUUUAAGAAUUCUCAGAUUGAUGUUGCAUAAUAUGCCCUGAAACUUUAUUAUUUAUUGAUUGAAAAUCACUCAUAAUUUUUUUCGCGAGGACUUUUGCGGUCGAAUCUCUUUGUAAAUGAAAGCAAAAUUGAUUUUUUUUAGUACCUACAUACGGUGAUGUGGAAUAAAUUGAGUUAUUUCAGUAAAUUUCACUACAAUGUAAUGAUCUGUAAAACAGUAUCCCCCUGUGUUAAUAUAUUUUGUUUAUUUAUGAAUAUUUACCACAUUGUUAUAUCUCCCUGUCAUAUUUAUCUAGUAACUGGUAAUAAGCCCAUCUCUGGUAAUAAGCCCAUCUCUGGUAAUAAUCCUAUGUCUGGUAAUAAGCCCAUGUCUAGUAAUAAGCCAAUGUCUGGUAAUAAGCCUAUGUCUGGUAAUAAGCCCAUAUCAGGUAAUAUGCCCAUAUUUGGUUAUAAGCUCACUGAAUCUAUCACGGUCGCAUUUGUAUAUAUAAUCAAUUUAUUUAAUGUUGUGUUGAAAGAAAUACUCACGUUGGCUUCUAUUUUCUGUACUUGUCAAAAUGUAAACUUUUUUUUCUUUAUUUUGGCCAACAGGUCACAACACACAAAAGGUCAGAAAAAUAAUUUAGAUUUAACAGUAAACUUUUUUCAUUUUACAACAUUUAUGAAGUCAUGUUUUUCAAUUUUUGGCCCAGAUGGAAAAGGUCUUUAUUUAGGAAGGAAAACAGAGUACCCUGAGAAAACCUACGUGGUCAGGUAGGUGUCCCUACACUUUAUACAUCCAACUGGGGAAUCAAACCCCAGUAAUCAUGGUGAGAGCAAGUGUGCUAUCCACUGGGCCAACCAAAGUGACUAUCAUUACCGUAUCUACAUGUACAAUACCAAAAACAACUUUAGACAUUUAUGUCAUACACUUAUCAGUAUUGCUGUAAAUAAGCAAAAAUCAAGAAUUUGGUGCCAUUUCCUGAUAUGUCAUUGCGACGUUAUCUUGCCGUGUUUUAAAUAAUCCAGACAUAUUUGUUCUUCCUAGACAAUCCAGCUAACGCCAUUCCAAGCAUAAAAGUCUGGAUUGUGAUCGAGUUGGAUUCCUGGAAAAGUCUGUAUUAGGAACAAAAAUGCCAAAUGAAAUGUCAUAUAUGUUCACGAAGCGUUUUUGGAUAACUGUAGAAUAUAUUAUCAGAUGGAGUAUAUGCUCUUGGUGUCUGUUGGAUAGCUGUUUCUAAAAAGUCAUGUAACAAGGUAUAGUCAUCAUCAAAAUUAUUGCAUACUGAUAUAGCUUAGACAAGUUCGCAUUUCAGAAGUUUACGUGCAUUAAUGGUGGAGUUAUGCCCCUUUUAUUGCCAAAUAAGGGCAUUGUGUAA